AUCAUUAUAUGAAGGCUACAUUUCUAUCCUAAACCCUCCACCCCCCCCACUUCCCUUCCUUUCACUUCCCCACUAAACCCAACUAUCAGCAAGAGCAUCAGCCCCAGAUAACCGCCGCCUCCAUGGAUCCGGCGUCCAAGCGGGCCAAGCCGCCCCCAGAAGUCUCGAACGCCCAUCGCCUAUUGAUCCUCUCACUCCGAUACGCCAUCUCCCCAAAAGAAUACGCGGUUCUCCGCCGUCGCAUAUUGCUCAAAGGCCCGGGGGGUCUUCGCGCCGCGACGCCAUCCAAGACACAGUUCGAUGCAGUAUGCUAUGAGUCGGGGCGCGACGACUCCCUCCCUGCAACAAGCAGAGCUGGCCUCCGGGUCUUCCUGCUGAGCAACGUAGUACUGAAUUUGUGGGAUGUGGGUGCAGGGAGAUUGGCCAGGAGACGGCGGAAGGGCGGCAACAAUGAUUGGGCGAAGCAAGUGAUAGAGACGACAGCCAGAAAGACGCUGUUCAAGAGUCCAAAUUUUCUCUUCUCGCUGUCGUUGGGCACACUGGUUGUUGCUCAUCGGUUGCUGUAUAGGUUUUUCUUUCGCCUUCGGGAGAAUUUGUUGCUUCCUCAGGCAUGCACCUUCCGGCUGAGACACCCGAAGGUUGCGAAACUUUUCUUGUCGAGGCUUUCACCACCGAUUGGGUCUGCAUUGGCAGGGUUGGCAUUGCUGAUCCAUCCUUCUGGGAAUAGGAGGACUACGGUUUCUGCAUGGACUUUUGUGAAGGCGUUGGAGUUUUGUUAUAAUAGGCUGGAGGAUGAAGGGCGGUUUCAGAAUAAACCUUGGUGGUUUGGAUCGUGGAUGCUGUUCCCAAUUGCUUCGGGGCAGUUGCUUUACGCUUUCGUUUUUGAUAGAGAUUGCUUCCCGCCUGAGUAUGGGAACUUCAUCAUGGGGUAUUCGAAAGAGUAUCUCCAAGCUCGGCCGGUAGGCUAUCCGGACCAUUUGCAAUGGCCGGGAACGCAUGACAUUGUGGACAGCAUAGGGAAGAUCGCGGGGUUAAAUUAUCCCCCUUUCAAUUCUGCAAUCCUGUACCCCGACGCAAAUUCCCUCCCCAAAUUCCUCCAGAAAAUAUCCCCUAUUGUCUCCCCCGCCCACCCCACAAUAACUUCCCUCCAAUGCGCCCUCUUACACCCGCAAGAACCUAGCUGCCUGAAAACCUAUCUAGCAUUUUGGGCCUCUGAAUUCACCUCUAUAGCGAAAUUCAUGUCGGUAGUCUACGCUAUAUCCUGGCUCCCUCGCUACAAGGCUUUCCUACGCAACCCGGCAGGCGCACUCGGAAAGCUCUCAAAAUCCACCCUCUUGACAACCACGUUCAUCACGGGAUCAAUCGGGACGUCCUGGGGCAUGACCUGCUUGUUUCAGAAACUUUUACCCAGGCACUUUCUCCCAAAGGGACGGUUCUGGCUUGGUGGGUUUGUUGGUGGGCUGUGGGCGCUUGUGGAUUCCGGAGGUGGCCGCGGCAAUUUCUUGUACACUUUUAGGGUUGGGUUGGUUAGUGCCUGGAAAGUGCUUGCCAAGAAGGGUUAUGUUAGGGGUGUUAAAAAUGGUGACGUAUACCUGUUCAUCCUAGCACUAGCGAUCAUCAACUCGCUGUUUGAUACUGGGGAGCAUGCUGUUUCCGGAAGUUUUUCUAGGAGGGUGUUGGGUUCUAUGCGCGGACGGGGGCUGAAAGACCCUGUUAAGGAGGCAGAGAAGGCGCUGGAAAAGGGGAAGGGGAAGGAGGUGGAUACUAGUGAGAUCAUUGGGGGGAGGUGAUUGUUGGAAUUUUUUUUUUUUGGUUUGGGGGGAACCGGGAUGCCAGGUACCAGAAGUGGAGCGGGUUUGUAAGAUUUUGGUAGAACAGGGAGUCACCUUCUCCCUUUCCCGUCUAGUUUCGAAGAAUGGGGAUAUACUUUGGAGGGAUAUUAUAGUAAUUCGCCUCAUUUGG